UCACCUCCACCUCCAUCACCACCACCUCAACCUCAAUCACCAUCCCCUCCACCUCCACCAUCACCCCCACCUCCGUCACCAUCACCUUCAUCACCAUCAAUUCCAUCUCCACCUCCACCAUCACCUCCACCUCCAUUACCACCACAUCCAUCACCAUCACCUCCACCUCCUCCGUCACCACCACCUCCAUCACCAUCCCCAACAUCACCACCACUAUAAUCACCUCCACCUCAGUCACCAUCACCACCAUCAUCACCACCUCCGUCACCUCCACCACCAUCACCUCCACCACCAUCGCAAUCAUCACUUCCACCUCCACCAUCACCUCCACCUCAAUCACCAUUUUCAAGUGCACAUCAACCACCAUCACCGUCACCAUCAUCACUUCCACCUCCACCAUCACCUCCACCUCAAUCACCAUCACCACCACCAGCAUUAUCACCUCGUCCUCCACCAUCACCACCACCUCCAUCACCAUAA